GCGGUGACGUUAGAUCAUGAACUGUGCUGUGUUGUCACCAGCUGUUGUCUGCAAGACGGUGGAAAAGUGGAUGUACCUCGACUGAUCGUGAGCCGACACGAGUCACACCGCAGCGCUCAGCAGCACGUUCACAGCCGGAACAUGGUGCCGGGUGACUGAUGGGAACACUGGAGCCCCGCCAGUCUCCCAGUGAGAGUCCCAGUUACAUAACUGAAGGCAUCGAUAAAGACACUAAACUGUGAUAACGGACUAGUGCCAACACAGGUCGGAGUUGAAGCCAUUUUUCUCUGCUUAUACAGCUGGGUUCAAACUCAGACUGUUUGUACGUCCUACAGUAGGUAGGAGUGCUCUGAAGUGGCCCCGCCGCCAUCAUGAACGUGGGCACGGCGCACAGCGAGGUUAACCCCAACACCCGAGUGAUGAACAGCCGAGGAAUGUGGCUGUCUUACAUCCUGGGAAUCGGCCUCCUGCACGUCAUCCUGCUCAGCAUUCCCUUCGCCAGCGUGCCCGUGGUCUGGACCCUCACCAACCUCAUUCACAAUCUGUGCAUGUAUCUACUACUUCACACGGUCAAAGGGACGCCGUUUGAGACCCCAGAUCAGGGCAAGGCUCGCCUCCUAACACACUGGGAGCAGAUGGACUACGGUGUGCAGUUCACUGCUUCACGCAAAUUCCUCACCAUCACACCUAUUGUCCUGUAUAUACUAACCAGCUUCUACACCAAAUACGAUCGGGCCCAUUUUGUGGUCAACACUGUUUCCUUGCUCACUGUACUCAUCCCCAAGCUGCCACAGCUGCACGGCGUGAGGAUCUUUGGGAUUAAUAAGUACUGACAAGGCGGAAGAGGACACCUCCUUCCCGAAGUCCCCGCGGACUGCUGAGAGCACACAGAGUAUCAGGCCUCUGAUUUGGCUGCAGAUCCAACGAGGAUCCGUGGCUCCCUGGCUCCUGACUCUGCUGAGCGGCACUCUAAAUGAAGCCUCCUGGGGAAACUGCCAUGGUACCAAACCCCAGGAAAGUGACACAAUACACUUUAAAAAGAGCACAAAGGGAACAUGUGUGUUGUGACUGUUAGUGGCCGAGACUCUUUAGAUUAAAAAGGGAGUAUUAUGAUUAUGUUCAUUUCUGUAGAAAUGACAGUUUUCUGACGUGACAGGUGUCAGGAGGAGAGGACAAUGUAGUUGCACAAUAUUAUGUGCCAUUUUACACUCUGGCACACUGAGGCUGUAAUCAAAAGUUAUUUUGUAUGUAAUGAUACACUGCUGUAUUUAUUCAGCUGCACUUCAGCCAGAUGCUUCCUCUGUCUUGAGGUUUCUGGGCUUUGAGGAGAGUAACAAUACUUUAAUGAAACAGUGAGGGACCUGUGAACUGCUGCAGAGGCGAGACACGAGAAACCACAAGGUUUUAUAUUUAGCCCUCGCUGUUCCGCUCAGGGCCAAGAUUGGGAAGUUAAGCAACUCUUAUUUUUAUCUGACCAUUUCCAUAUUUGGACUCCUCUUGUCCUGGUUUGUGUCACAGCAAAGCCUCCUGUCUGCAGAGUUGUCAAGAGCAAGAACACUCUACUGACUUAAUAUAACCAAAAGUCCUGAAAUAGGAGUUAAGAGGUAAGUAUUAUGUCCAUACUUUAUCCAUAGUUACAUUAUAGGGACUCAUGCUUGUCACUAAAAGUAGGCUACUUAAGACCUGUCACAUUAGAAUGAGCUUCUUAUGUCUGCAUCUCAGUUUGGAACCUGCAGGCAAAUCACAUACUUGAGUUACCAGUUUAUUAGGUACACCUGUGCAGUCUAAUGCAGUCUAAUGUAGCCUUGCAGCAAAUUUCUGAGGUGUUUCUAAUAUUUUGUUCACCCCCAUUUACAAACAUGAAACUGAUAAUUUCAUUAAUGAAAACUGACUCAGCGUGUUUUGUCAUGACUAAGACGAGACGAUGACGAGACGGUACCAACAUCAUUAAACACUAACUAUGACUGUAUCAACAUGCAGUAUUCUUGAUGAAGAAAAAUGGGACUAAAAUGUAGUUUAAAAUCUAAAAACUUUGCUAAAACUUCAUAAUUUUUGUCGACAAAAUGAGAGGAUGAAAUAUUACAGGUAUUUUUAUUUAUUUAUUUAUUCAGUGUAGCACUUCUGUUUCCUAUGCUGCAUUCGAUAGGUCAGGACUACAUCUGCAGCACACAGUGAGCACCAUCAGGAGGACUCGUAGUAAAUCAGUACCAUCAGACAACCGGACACUCUGUGCAAAGCUGAAUUCUUACACCUCCUCCUAUCAUUCAUUCAGAGGGCCAGCAAACUCUGGCGGAUGGAGCACUGAAAAGUGUUCAGAUAUGUUGUAUUAUUGUAUGGAAUUACUCAAUGCUCAGUAAUCUUACAUUUACUGUUUUAAUUGUAAAAGCCUAACCAGGGACAGGGGUUGCAAAUUAGCCAUGGCUAGAAACCUCUAUGCAUUGCAUCUACUUUGUAUUUCACAUAUGAGGCAGCGUCAUGCAUUUGUCCUUGUCAAAUAAACAAGUAAAUGAAAUACAUAAAUAUACUACGAGCGACAGCAACAUUCAGGGAGCCUGUUGAGCCCUAAGUGAGCCCAAGCAAUGGCGUGCUGUUGCCCUAAAAAAAGGUUGAAGGUGUGCAAAUCUCGGUCAAAAUAGAGCCAGGACGAGCGUUUUUUCCGAACAAGCAAAGCAGGUUAGGACAUCUUCACUGGGAAACACUGAAACAGUCUGAACUUCGCUCACUCGUUGGCGUCGCGUCCAGUUUGGAAGAGGUGUAAAUCAUUCAACCUGUGUUUUUCAUCAGAUAAUAAGAUAAAAUCAUGUGUGAAAUAACUUUGACUAAUAUGACAGAAUUACUAGUUGUGACUGGACGAGACUGACUUAAAAUGUUAAUAGUUUUCUUUGAGUAAAACUACACUAAAAUAGUCAUGGUUUUCUUUGACUAAGACAGGAGUGAAAUGCCUAGACUUUUAGUUAACUAAAACUGUACAGAGUGCUGCAGGAAUGAGUCCGAAAACCCAGAAACGAGUUAUCAUUUUAGCACUUCUGGUUCCCUCGUCUUGAAGUCAAUGGGUGUUUGGUUAGAUACCUGAGUUAAGGUCUGUGGUUAACACAAACUCAAGAGACUUUUACGUUUUGUUCUACAACAUAAAACUAUGCAAAUGAAUACCUCGCUCCUGAAUUUUUAAGCUUUAACGUGACUUUAAAAAAAGCAUUUGUUAAUAAGUGGCUCAAUGAGACUUUAGAACAUCAUCAAGACAAACACGGCUUUACAUCCAUGCUAUGGUGGCGACGUUCAGUCAUGCAUCCGUGGUGUAGUUCCUUUGUAGCCUAACGUUAGCAUUUUACUUCUGGCGGUUGCAUUUACUCCUGAAGAAUCAUAAAAGUGGUUCAUCUGUGGAGAUAAUUCUACUAACCAAAAUGUAACGUAUGAUAAAAGUUUGUUUGCCACAGAGCUUAUUUCCUGCAAUAAUCAGAAAUCCAAUAAAAAAGUCUCAUUGGAUUUUUGUCAAGG